CCUUCUUGGAAACGCAACAAAAAAAAAGAAAACUAAAUUUCUUGCAAUUGAAGGUACCUUUUAAUCUUGGUUUCUUCUCCCUCAAAUCCAUAACUUUCUCUUGUUUACUGUAGUUUGGGGGAAAAGAGAGAAACCCUAGAAACAAAGUAAGGUCUUUUUCUUUAAAUGGGUCGCGAAUCUAUGGCUGUUGAGUCCUCGCCGCCGUCAGUGACGCCGCCGGGUACUGCUGUGGCGGCGACUUCGCUUGCUCCUGGGUUUAGAUUUCAUCCUACUGAUGAGGAGCUCGUGAGCUAUUACUUGAAGAGGAAGGUUUUGGGGAAAGCUGUACGGUUCGAUGCGAUUGGGGAAGUUGAUAUCUACAAGCAUGAGCCUUGGGACUUAGCAGUGUUUUCGAGGUUAAAGACAAGGGACCAAGAAUGGUACUUCUACAGCGCGUUAGAUAAGAAGUACGGUAACGGUGCAAGAAUGAACCGAGCAACUAACAAAGGCUACUGGAAAGCAACUGGUAAAGACAGAGAGAUUCGUCGUGAUGUUCAGAUUCUCGGUAUGAAAAAGACACUCGUUUUCCACAGUGGUCGUGCUCCAGACGGGCUCCGGACCAAUUGGGUCAUGCACGAGUACCGCCUUGUGGACUAUGAAACUGAAUCCAAUGGAAACCUUGUGCAAGAUGCAUAUGUGUUGUGCAGAGUGUUCCACAAGAACAACAUUGGGCCACCAAGUGGGAACAGAUAUGCGCCAUUCUUGGAAGAGGAGUGGUCUGAUGAUGGUGUAGCUAUGAUUCCAGGAGUAGAUGUUAGGGUCAGGGCAGAGCCACUACCAUUAGCCAAUGGAAACAACCAGAUGGGUCAGGCAAUCCAGCUAGAAAGCAAGGACCUCAUUAACAUCAAUGAGCCUCCAAGAGAGACUACCCAAAUGGAUAUUGAACUUAACCAUCAGAAUCAUCAUGAGAGUGUCAUCAAGCCGCAAGAGAAUAACAACACUAACCAUUGUGGUGAAGUUGAGGAAGCACUCAAACGUGAGCAAGCAGAAGAAGAAUCUGAGCGUCCUCCUCCUCCUCCUCCUGUAUGUGUUCUCAACAAAGAAGCUCCGUUACCUCUCCUCCAAUACAAACGCAGACGCCAAAACGAAUCAAGCAGGACCACACAGGACCACUGCUCGUCCACAACAACAACCGUCGACAACACACCAACCUUAGUCUCAUCUGCUGCUACUGCCACCAACACAGCCAUCUCUGCAUUGCUUGAGUUCUCUCUCAUGGGUAUCUCUGACAAGAAAGAAAACAAAAAACCUUCUCCUGCUACUCCACUUCCAUCUUCUGAUGAGAAACUGAAUGAUCUCAAGAAAGAGGUUCACCAGAUGUCUGUUGAGAGAGAGACUUUCAAGCUUGAGAUGAUGAGUGCAGAGGCUAUGAUCAGUAUUCUCCAGUCUAGGAUCGAUGCACUUCGUCAGGAGAACGAUGAGCUCAAGAAGAACAGCGCUAAUGGUCACUAAACUCUUCUUCUUCUUAUUCUCUGCAUCAUUAUCUAUAGUCUCCCUAAUAUUAUGAGCUAUCUACGUUAGCUUCUUCAGAAACACUGAGAACUCUGUUGUAAAAUUAGGAUAAACUCUGUUUCCUAUGUGAUGUUUAUGCAUUAACAUUUUCAGGUUUGGUCCAAUUGUCAUGUAAUAUCUAUCAUCUAAUCUUUUCAGAGAAGAACAUUCUUUGUUUGUUUCAAGAAUGCUUGGUGUAAGCUAGUUUGGGCAAGAUCGUUAUUUAUGGUUAACUCUGAGGGCAA